GACCAUGGCCCCCCGGACGCCGGGAAGCCGGUCCUUCUCUCUGCUGUGCUGCUGCGCUCUGGCCACGCUGCUCGCCCACGCCGUCGGAGCCGAGGAGGGGCCGUCGUCGUCGCGGUCGUCCCCGCCCGUGCUGCCCGUGAGCUACCGGCUGUCUCGCACGCGUCUGGCCUUCUUCCUGCGCGAGAGCCGGCCGGGCCCGGCGGCCAACGGCAGCGGGGGCGGCGGGGGCGGCCCCCUGCAGCGCGCCGAGCCCUUCGUCGUCUUCCAGACCAAGGAGCUGCCCGUACUCAACGCCUCCCUGGGCCCGUUCAGCACCAGCCGCGUGCUGCCCCGCGAGCUGCUGCAGCCGCCCAGCCCGCUGGACGUGCCCGGGCAGCUGACCGUCAACUGGAAGGUCCGCGCCUUCAUCGUGCGCCUCCGCGUGCCCGCCACCCAGCCCGUGGCCCAGGUGCUGUUCUACGUGGCCGGCCGGGACUGGGACGACUUCCGGGGGACGGAGCGGCUGCCCUGCGUGCGGCUUCACGCCUUCCGCCAGGCGCGCGAGGUCCAGGGCUCGUGCCGCCUGGGCGGGGGCCUGGCUUCCUGUCUGGUGCAGGCCCCGCUGCCCGCCACCUGGUUCGGCCCCGCCGCCCGGCCCGCCCGGCGCAGGCGGCGGCCCCAGGGGCCGGAGCCCGGGUCGGAGGGGCCGGGGCCGGGCCCGCAGGCGGAGCUCUACUACACGCUGCACGCGCCCGGCGGGGCGGGCGAGUGCGCGGGCGCGGGGCCCGCGCGGGCCGAGGGGCCCCCGACGCGUCCUCUGCUGCGCGUGGGCAGCAUCAGCCUGGUGCGGCCGCCGCCCGCGCCCGCGCAGGAGGACCACCGCCUCGACGGCAACGUCUUCGUCCGCCUGCCCGUCGGGCCCCUCAGGCCCGGACGCCUCCUCAGCGUCCUCCUCUGCCUCCUCCCCAACGCCACCGUCGACCGCUUCACCCUCAGGGUGAAGGCCAAGAAGGGGGUGACCCUCCUCCACACCAAGUCGAGGAGCCCGCAGUGGCUGGUGAACUCUGAGCUCCUCCCCGGCGGGAAGCACUCCACCGCCACCGUCGACGUCUCCAGGGUCGACGACCCCACCCUCAGGGCGGACCCGGCGGCCCACGAGGUCCUGCAGCUGGACUUCGAGAUGGAGAACUUCACCAGCCAGUCGGUGAAGCGGCGCAUUCUGUGGCACGUGGACUACCGGGCCCGCGGCCCGCCCCCCGACCCCGACAAGGUGGUGACCGAGCUGACCGUCGUCCAGAGGGACAUCCAGGCCAUCCUGCCCCUCGCCAUGGACACGGAGAUCAUCAACACGGCCAUCCUGACCGGGAGGACGGUGGCCAUUCCGGUCAAGGUCAUCGCCGUCGAGGUGAGCGGCGGCGUGGUGGACGUCUCGGCCCUGGUGGAGUGCGAGUCGAACAACGAAGACAUCAUCAAGGUGUCCAGCAGCUGCGACUACGUCUUCGUCAGCGGGAAGGAGUCCCGCGGCUCCAUGAACGCGCGGGUCACCUUCCGCUACGACACGUGGACCGCCCCGCUGGAGAUGACCGUGUGGGUGCCCAAGCUGCCCCUUCUCAUCCAGCUCUCGGACGCCCACCUCAGCCAAGUGAGAGGCUGGCGGGUGCCCGUCCUGCCCGACAGGAGAUCGGCGCGGGAGAGCGAGGACGUGGCGGAGGAGGAGGAAGAGGAGGGCGGUGGCGCGGAGCGUCGUCCGAGCCGUGGCUGCACCCUGCAGUACCAGCACUCCACCCUGCAGGUCUUCACCCAGUUCCACACCACGUCCCCCGACGGGCCCGAGGGACCCGGGGGACCCGGGGCGCCCCAGGGCCCGGGCGUCACCAUGCUGGGCCCCGACUGGCUGGUGGAGGUCACCGACCUGGUGGGCGACUUCAUGAAGGUGGACGACCCCCGGGUGGCGCAGAUGGUGGACGGCAGCACGCUGGCCGGACGGGAGCCGGGGGUCACCCUCUUCAAGGUGGUGUCCCCGCUGAUGGAGGCGGUGCUGGGGGAGACGCUGGUGACGGUGUCGGACGAGAAGGUGAGCGUCACCGAGAUGAAGGCGCAGGUGGUGUCCAGCCUGUCCCUGUCGCUCCACCCCAGCCCCGGCAGCAGCCACACCAUCCUGGCCAAGACGGCCGCCCAGCAGACCCUCAGCUUCGUCAAGCAGGAGGCCCUCCUGAGCCUGUGGCUGUCCUUCAGCGACGGCAGCACGGCCCCGCUGUCCCUGUACAGCCCCAAGGACUACGCGCUGCUGGUCAGCAGCCUGGACGAGAGGGUGGCCACGGUGGCCCAGGCCCGGGCCUUCCCGCUGGUGGUGGCCGAGGCGGAGGGGGCCGGGGACCUGCUGCGGGCCGAGCUGACCAUCGGCGAGAGCUGCCAGAAGACGCGGCGCAAGAGCGUGCUGGCCACCGCCCGGGCGGCCGUCCGCGUCCACUUCGGCCCGGACGGGGACGAGGCCGAGGACGAGGGCCCGGGACCCGCCACGGCCGGGCCGGGGCCGCCCGCCGCCACGGCCCCGGCCCCGGCCCCGGAGGACGCGCCCACGGCGCCCCCGGGCUCGGCGCCCGCCGGCCGGGGCCUGUCGGACCUGGAGAUCGGCAUGUACGCCCUGCUGGGCGUCUUCUGCCUGGCCAUCCUGGUCUUCCUCAUCACUGCGUCGUUCUUCGUGCUCAAGUACCGCCACAAACGCGUCCCCGCCGAGGGCCAGGCCAGCAUGGACCACUCCCACCACUGGGUCUUCCUGGGCAACGGGCAGCCCCUGCGGGCCCGGGGCGACCUCUCCCCGCAGCCCGGCGGGCCCGGGGCCCCGCCGGAGGCCGCGCCCGCCCGCUGCCGCCCCGGCGACCGGCCCAGCGGCGGCAGCUCGCCCACCAGCGUCCAGAGCCAGGCCCACGGCCGGGGGGACGGCUCCUCGGGGGGCUCGGCCCGGGAGCAGGCCGAGGACCCCGUCAACUCGCCCACGUCCAAGCGCAAGCGGGUCAAGUUCACCACCUUCGCCACGCUGCCCUCGGAGGAGCCCGCCUACAACUCGGUGCCCGCCGGGGACGAGGAGGACCCGGAGUGGGGGGCGCCGGGGGGCCCGCGGGACGACGGGCACGGCCGCGGGUGCCGCGUCGAAGACGUCGCUUAGGCCCCCGGUUGGGGGGCGCGGCGCGGAGGGAGACCCCCCUCCCGGCCCC